AUGGAGAAUGAGAAGGAUGAUGCUAAGGCUUUGUUUCUGUUGCAACAAGCUAUUAGUGAAACAAUUUUCCAUCGGAUUGUGAGGUUUAAUACUGCUAAAGAAGCAUGGAUACACAUUAAGAAUGAAAAUCAAGGCACUUCCAAGAUGGUUUCUAUGAGGCAGCAAACACUAAGGCAAAAGUUUGACUUGUUACAAAUGAAAGAGGAGGAAAUAAUUCAAGACUAUAUCACUAGAGUUUUGGUGAUUGUCAAUCAAAUUAGAGGCAUGGGUGUGGAUUUGGCAGAUGCAGAUGUGGUUUCAAAGGUUAUAAGGAGUUUGUCUUCAAAAUUUGUGCAUGCAGUUACAUCAAUUGAAGAAGCAAGGGAGAUAUCAACUUUAACUUUGGAAGAUUUGAGUAGUUCUCUGCAAGCCCAUGAAGAAAGAUAUAAUCAAUUUCUUGAAAAGCAAGUGGAGAGAGCCUUUGUUAUGAGAGGAGGAGCAAGUAGUGGAAGGAAUUAUUCUAGAGGUAGAGGAAGAAGCUGGAGAGGAAGAGGUAGAGGUUUUGAUGAUCAGAGGAGUGGCAAUGUUGGUAUACAGAAUGAAACAAGACAACAAGGUGAUACUAGUGGUGGUUUAUGGCAGUCAUGA